AUGAACUAUUCUGAAUGGAACUUAGUUAUCCAACACCCCAACUUCGAUGACCUGGCUUGGGGUUUAAACUUCAACAAGUCAUUGAAUCCCUUUGGCACAAUAAAUGAUACUACAAUGCUAUGGGGAAUUGACUUCUUUAAAGACAUAAUCAUGCAAUCUGGGCCUAACAAAUGUGUACAAAAGGAGUUGCUCUUCCACAAGGAUCCAACAACCUUUACUUUGGAGGAUGGUUAG